AUGGUUACACCUCAUCGUCUCUCACCAGAGUGUCUCUGGGUGGACGUCCACAACAAUCCCAUCAAUCAGUCCCAAAACGUCCCAAAAGUAGCCUUCAUGGUGGCCCUGGGCCUCGUGACCACAGAGCACCUGGAAGAAAUCCAGACGAAGAGACAGGAGAGAAAGAGACGAAGCACAGCCAACCCGGCCUACAGCGGCCUCUUCGAACCAGAGCGUAAACGUCUGGCGUCACAUUACCUGAACAGCUCGCUCUUCCUGUCAGCACGAGACUCUGAGGAUUUCAGCUGGAAGGAGGACCUGGAGCAUGACGAGCACUGCGCUGUCUGUAAGGAGGACGGCGAGCUGCAGCCGUGCCACAACUGCCCCCGAGCCUUCCACCCCAACUGCCUCCACCCGCCGCUUAAAACCCCCCCCAGGGGACCCUGGUACUGCCCCAAGUGCCAGAAGAAGGUGCUGAACAAAGAAAACAUGUCGUGGCCACAGAACUUUGUUCAGUCCUACGUUACACACAAGACGGUGAGACAGGAGGAGAAGCGACGGCUGCUCAGACGGAACACGGAGCUGAAGAAGGAGUGCGCUCACCUGGAGGAACAAGACGAGAAGCUCAGCGAGGCGCUCAAACAGUGUAUGGACGUGAGGGAGCGGCUGCUGGGGCGGCAGAGAGACACUCAGGCCUCGCUCGAACGCCUCAAAGCUCUCAUCAGGCUGAUCCAGCGCGACCAGCUGAUCCAGGUCACCAUGACGACCACCGCCACCAUCGCCGCCGCCGCGUCCCUGCUCUCGCAGUCCUGGAUCAAACCACCCAGCACCGCCGCCGCCGCCGCCGUCGCCGCCGCCGCCGCCCCCCCGGGCCCCGCAGCCACGCCCCUGCAGCAGAAGAGCCACGCCCACAUCCAGGACGACACACACAACUAGCCCCCCUCCUCCCCCCCCCCUCCCCCCUCACGGCGGUGAGGAUUUCC